GGGAGCACUGGGAGGAGGAGAGCCAGACGAUGGAAGAAGAGACGGAGGAGGACGAGAACCUGCCACCGGGGGAAGAGCAGGGGAUGCGGGACAGCCUGCUAGGGGGAACCCCGGAAGGGGCGCCGAUGCCCGCUGAAGUGCCCUCACAUGGCGACCGGGAGAAGGAAGUGCGGAGCAGAGUGCCCGAGGGGGGCUUCGGCUGGGUGGUGGUGCUGGCGGCCACCUGGUGCCAGGGCUCCAUCUUCGGCAUCCAGAACUCAUUCGGGAUGCUGUACGUUAUGCUGCAGACCGAGAUGGACGGCAGCCAGGAGCAUGGCAUGGACUUCAAGACAGCUUGGGUCGGAGCUCUUGCCAUGGGAAUGAUCUUCUUCUGCUCCCCAGUUGUGAGCAUCUUCACAGAUAGGCUGGGAUGUCAAAAGACCUCAUCUGGAGGAGCCGCUUUGGCUUUCAUCGGAUUGUUGUCAAGUUCAUUCACCAAAUCUCUUGGUGUCCGAUAUUUUACGUAUGGGAUACUCUUUGGAUGUGGCAGUUCUUUUGCUUUCCAGCCCUCAUUGGUUAUACUUGGUCAUUACUUCAAGAAGCGUCUUGGUCUUGCCAAUGGCAUUGUGGCCGGGGGAGGCUGCAUCUUCACAUUAUGCUUUCCUUUCUUGCUGAAGACCAUGGGAACAGCCAUCGGCUUGGCACAUACAUUUCAAGUGCUCAGUGUUUUCAUGUUCAUUCAAAUUUUCCUCUCUCUGACCUUCAAGCCACUUCUGCCAACACCGGUAGAUGUUAAAGAGAAAGAGAAUUUGGCAGGCAGAAGUAAGACCCAGCAGUGUCUGGCACAUACCCGGAAGUAUUUCAACAUGCAAGUAUUCCAGAAGAAGACCUACAGAAUCUGGGCUUGUGGUAUUGCUACAACAGUUUUGGGAUAUUUUGUUCCAUAUGUACAUCUGAUAAAGUUUGUGGAGCAGAGAUUUAAGGAUAACACCAUGGAAUGGAUACUGUUGGUGUGCAUUGGGGGAGCAUCUAGCAUUGGGCGUCUUGUAUCUGGUAAAAUUGGGGACUGUAUUCCUGGUUUGAAGAAGAUUUACUUGCAGGUGGUCUCCUUUGUUUUGCUGGGCAUUUUGAGUAUGAUGCUGCCACAAUGCCAAGUAUUUGUAAGCGUCAUUGUUGUAUGCCUGUGCCUUGGCUUGUCCGAUGGUUUUCUUAUUAGUAUGAUGAGCCCUAUUGCUUUUGAGUUGGUGGGUCCAAUGCAAGCAUCACAAGCUAUUGGUUAUACCAUGGGGCUGAUGUCCAUUCCAAUGACAGCUGGACCUCCUAUAGCAGGACUGCUCCGGGAUCAUUUUGGCAAUUAUGACCUGGCAUUUUAUCUGGCUGGAAUCCCCCCUCUGAUUGGAGCUCUGGUUCUUCUGUCUGUUCCCCUGCUCCAUGAGAGAAACCUGAAGAAGACCGCACAGCUUGAGGCAGGAAAAGAGAAGACACAAGAUGGCAUGGUGAAUGGAGAACUUCUUCCUGGGUGCCCUGUGACUGAUGCUCGUGUUUAGAUUGCUUCUAGUGAUUCAGCACCCACAGGGCACAAGACCUGUUACAUGGCACCUCUGAGUAGAAACAUAUUUUAGUCGGUUUCAAGACAAGUUAGGGUGCUGAUAUUACAGCAUUGCUCCGAGUUGCAUUUCAGCCUGGAAGAGUCUCUGAAUCGAGCAUGGUAUUGUUAGGGAGCCAUAUAGUUGAUCUGAUGUUAUACAAGGCUCACUAGACAUGCGAUCUUAUGUUUGUACACUUACAUGAUGGAGGGAUCUUGGCAAUGCCAAUUUAUUGGCUACAGGAUAAAUCGAGGUGACCCUUUAUGAAGGUAUAUGUUUUAUGUCAAUUCCUCAACUACUUCAAACGUUCCUAAGUGUGAAAGAGACCUGAUCAUGCUGUGUGUUCUGUCCUCACAGACUUCAGUUUGGUUGAAUGCUUACUUGUCUUAUGUUUUCCAUUGUUAAUCACUGACGAGACACACGUGAGUUGAUAGAUGACUAAGUCACAACUUUUACCACUUUCAAGUGUAAUGUUGAAAUUUGCAAUGUGCGAUUUUGUUAAUUGGCCUCGUCCCCUCUUGUAAUCUAGAGAAGAAACAGAUUUUCUUUGUGACAUCAGGGGUGGCAACAUACACAACACAUGUUUUAAAUGAAGCAAAUGGGUAAAACCCAAGAAAGAUAGAAUUCUCAGUCAUAAUACCUUGGAGAACAUUUACUAAUGUAUCUUUCCUGACUGAUCUCACACAUUUCCUUAGUGUUUUCUUAUAUGCAUUAUGCAACUUCUUCUCUUGGGUCAAUCAGAAUUUCAACAUGCCAUGUAAGCUUAUCCACACCGCUAACCUUUCUGUUAAAACGUUAAAAAGGUAAGCCAUCCAUACGGAUUCCAGAAGAAGACCAGGUAUAGCUUGGGCUUGUCCAAUCUUCCUUUACUAAGGCCUGCAUCAUCCUACAAAAUAAAGUGAAGCUGUAGGAUGGGGAGCAACUAGCUUCAUGGGUGUAGGGUGCAGUAGAAUGAACCAUGGGUUCAUAAAGAACCUGUGCUUGAGCCUAAAAGCAGUAUAACAUGCAUGAAAAGAACAUUGGUAAGUCUACCUGUGGUUGAAUGAAUUGUAUAGAUUACAAUACUGAUUUUAAGUUGGGGCUGUGGUAUUGGCCAGGGCUUUACGAAGCCAAAAACUGUAGGCUUACAAGAUUAAAGAGUGUAACUAUGCUGUCUAGUGAAGUGCCCAUUAACAGCUAACACGUGAUUAUAUUUUAUGGCCUAUUAUCUUAGCCAUAAAUAACAAUAUUACAUGCACCUUUUAUAGGAGUUUGUAGUGGCAUCUGUCCAUGUUCAAUAAUUGUUAUACAAAUGUAUUAAUCAUACAUGGUAUAUCAAUCAAAGACAUUGUGGACAUAUGUGUCCAAGAAUAAUCUCACAGCACAAUAAUUAUUUUUUACAUUCAGGGUAAUGAAGUCAUAGACCAGUGACUAUUCAGAUCAGCCACUGUAAGGAGUGAAAUGGAAGUGAUCAGGAAGACAUGUUCUAAACAGAACAUGUGGACAGAUGGAUGCUAUGAUCACGAUCAGUGACAUACGUCCAAGCCUAGGUCUCCUUCGUUCCUACCUUGUGGAGGUUGGCAGAAAAGAACACUUCUAAACGGACCAAAAAUAACCAUUUACUUGUGUAGCCCUGAGAUUCUCUGGAUAGGCCAUCAAUAUCUGACCUGCACCUCCACGAUCAACUGUUUCAGAGUAGCGCCGGUGCUGGAAGUACGCAGAGGCGUCCACUGUGUAGUGGAUGGAGCUGGUAACUGCAGUGCUGCUCCCAUUCUUUUCUGUGGGGGUAGUGCUGCAGUCACCAGCUCUGUCCACUGCACAAUGGAUGAUGCUGUGUAGUUUUGGCGCCAGAACUAGCUGAUCAGAUAUUAAGGAUAGGCCAUCAGUAUUAAAAUACUGGAUAACCACUUUAAGUUCUGGUUCCUUCUCUAGAAUACCAGUCCAGCAGUGUCAAUUUUAAUUAGACCCGAAUCACUAUGUGGAAACUGAAUGUCAUCAUUGUUAUGCUCAUUCACUUGUCUGUGCACAGUCUAUAGCUUUGUGUUGUGACAUUCUGGUUGGUUAUGUGAUGAGAAACGCUUUGUCUACUUCUAUUUUUUGCACAAAAUCCAACGAUAUUGUACUACUAAGGUAUGUGAGAGAAAGUGUGUGUGUGUGUGUGUCUCCUGUAGGUUUAUACCUCUUGUACAAUGUAUAACUGUGUCUGCUAUAGUCUGACCUUUUCUCAGCAGCGGUCUGUCUGAGACUCUGGUCUGUUAAUUAGUCGAACAUAUUUUUUUUAAUAAGGUAUAAGGUUAUGUACUAAAUAGCUCGUCAGAUAGUGACAUUAUGUAGUAGCACUGUAUACAGUGCCAAUAUAAUCCACAAUUAGGAAGAUUAAACUAUAUGUGUACAUUGGGGCAGAUUGAAUAAUGUAAUUGCACCUAGAACCUGUUGGAAAAUGCUUCAAACCUUCCGGAGCAUAAUGUUGCAUCACAUGUUAGACCCAUUUAUGCCAAAGAGAAUAACUGACUGCACCUUGCUUGCCUGGUUUGGAUCUCUAGCUCAGCGAAGGGGCAGCAAGAAAAAAGUGUGUAGCCACACACUAAAUUCAUCAUCUAGACUAUGCUACUCUGAAAAAUUUAUAUAAUAAAUCUUUCUUUUAUUAGUAUGCUUGCUCCGAGCUGCUGAAGGCUGGACGGGUCGCAACACGUCCUUAUACUAUUAUCCGUGAAUCUAUGGAAUAAAAGCAAGCAUACUGAUAAAAGAAAAAAACGUCUGCUGAGAUUUAUUAUAUAACGCUCUGGAAGUUCUCCUCGUGCGGACUAAGUUAAAAAGUCGAGUGCCGACUGCUUUUCAUCUUGACUCAGAAAAAUUUGCCACAUCUAUAGAGUACAUCCACAUGAGACAGACACACUUCUGAUAUGCAUGCAACAUAUCCACAGCGCUUUACAGUACCAGAGAAACGGGUGAGAUUUUGAGAAAUUCCAUCCACAGGCUGCAAAAAGUGUCCAGUGAAAUUGACCCGUAGUGCAGACUUUACAGGGUUAAUGAGUUUCGCUAAAACUUUUGAUAUCAUGUCUUAUCAAAAGUUUUGAUUGGUGGGGGUCUGAACGCUGAGACCCUCAUGAUCAGUAGAAUGAGGUGAGAGAAGAGCGAGCAUAUCGUACUCUUUCUUCUACCCGCAGAGGAUGGAAUUGAGUCUGGCCCAUAGACUUCUAUUGAGCCCGUUACCUGCAGCAAGGACAGAAAGCGUGCUAGGCGAGCACUUUUCUCCUUCUUGGCACUCGGACCCCUACCGAUUAAAACUUUUGAUAUGUCUCUAUGACAUAUCAAAUGUUUUCUGAAAACUCAGUGACCCUUUAAAUCAGCAGCUUACCAAUUUGUUCAGCAGAUUUUCAACAUGGAUUUCACCCUUUCAAAUGCACAGGGGGAAAUCUGUAGCAGAUCAGCAAAAGGAAAUUACAAAUGCACCAAAAUCGAAAAAUCUGCCUUGUGUGGUCGUACCCUCAGAAUACCUGUCUAAACCUAAACUAGUUACCCUAGAUGCGCCGCGAUCCCAUACAGCGGCCACUUCCCGGAUCAUGUGCCGUACAUUGGGCAUGUGAUCCUAGCCUUUGGUUAAAACCUGUAGCAUGUCUGAAUCUCUCGCUAGCCUCGCACAUUGCACUGCGGGUUCUAAUCCUAGACUAGGAUCACAUGCCCCAUGUACGGCACCUGAUCCCAGAAGUGGCUGCCGCACGGGAUUGUGGCGCAUCUCAGAUAACCCGUUUAAGCUGUUUACCAGUGUGUAUGUGCUGGUAUUACAAUGGAACCAGCCAUAGUCCUGAUUGAUGGAUUGUUGGCAGGUUGAAUACUGUUGAACAAGUCAUCAAUCUUAUCGGAAAACUGGAAGCUUCAUGGGCUUCUUCUGGCUUACAGGACAUAAACCAAACUGGUCAAGUGAUAGUUAUUGGAAACCAGUGACUGUCAGAUUUUGUACCUAAAUUCAUUGCUGCCAGAUGACACUCGAGUCCUGUUCACACAGUUUUGGUUAAAUGUAUGUUGGCUAAAGCAAGGAGCCGAUCCUAAACCGUAAUAGUACAACAGAAAAAAAAUGUGUGGUUAUCUUUUAUGGAUCCUAUCACUGUUUUCAAAGAAAAUGCAUGUGAAACUGCACUUUGUAAACCUGGGCUUAAAGAGUAAGGUUAUGUCCACACAUGAUGGAAAUGCUGAGGAUUUGCUGUCGUGGAUUUUCAUCUGGCAGAUGUGCAGGGUUGAACAGUACCAGCAAAGUGGAUAAGAUUUUAAGAAAUCUGCAGCACAUCGGUGUAUCCUGCUGUUCAGAUUUCUCCCUUUGCAAUGUAGAGGAUUAAAUCCACUGCCAUUUCUGCGGCAAAAACUGCAUCUAAUAAUCCAUGUUGUUUUUGUAGUAGAAAUGCAGCAAAAACUGCAGCAGACUUUUCCCCUGAAUUUUCAGGCACCUGUGAACGUACCCAUGGGUUACAUGCCGCUGCAUUUUAAUGUUUGGAUUGUACGCACAAUCGGCGGGUCUCCUUGAGGUUCUACUGAACUAAACUUGGAUUGAGGUUCUGUAGAACCAGAGGGUACAGCUGUAAUAGGGGAGGCUAAAUGUGGUGUAUCGCAGCUCUGUCAAGCCAGCCUAAAGUUGAUACAGAUGCCCAGUUCACACUUUGCACUUUAAUUAUUUAUGUAUAUCCUAGCAAUUGGGGGGGUAGAUAAAAUAUGCGCUUUUAGCUUAAAGGGGUUAUCCCAAGAUAUCGUAAGAGUAUGUCCACUGGGACCCGCACUGUUCACAACAACAGUGGACUCCAUCCCUAUGGACGACUGGAGAUGGCAAUCCAAUAAGGAUAAGUGGAGAGGCCGUGUGCAUGGUCAACCACCGCUCCAUUCCUGCAGGGGGACACUGGACUCCACUCAUGAUUGGGGGAGUCUCAGCUGUGGAGUACAUUUAAAUCUUUGGACAACCCCUUUAAAUUCCUCUCUUAAAUAUUGCCUUUAAACCAGUGUUCCCUUUCAGCUAUUGGAAAAUAAGAACCCCCAGUAUGACAUGACCGCCUAUGCCAGGAGAGUCCACUGUUUUAGGCCUCGUGCACACGGCCGUAUUUUCGGUCCUGUCCAGAUGCGGACCCAUUUAUCUCUAUGGGGCAGAAAAGGAUAUGGACAGCACACCUGUGUGCUGUCUGCAUACAUAAGUCCGUUUCGCGGCACCGCAAAACAAUAGAACAUCUCCUAUUCCUGUCUGUUUUGUGGAUAAGAAUAGGACUUUUCUCUAGACUGGAUUUAAAAAAAAAGGCAACCUGCUCACAGCCAGGAACACGAACGGCCAUGUGCACGAGCCCUUAGACUACAUCAAAACUGCAAUGUGAACUGGGCCUAAAAUUUCAAAUAUGCAUUUUCAGUUUGUCAAAUAGGUCAAAACUAACCUUAAGAAUAUAUGCAAAUGGUAAUUGGAGUAUACAGUUCUUCUCUGCAUAGUAACAUUUACAGAAGAAAUAUGUGCUACUCCAAAUGCUUAGAAAUCCCUGCUGGAAGUUGUAGUCCAUCAGGAUCAAACUGCAAAUUCUCGUCUUGUGAACCCAGCGGGAGUUUUGCAUGAAGAGGGGAUCAGCUCUGCAUUCCGUGUCCCCCUGUGGAAACGGGGAAGACUCAUUCUCUUUUCACUGUGAAGAAAUCUGCUAUGCGGUGAUGUAAAUAAGUAGCGCUUUAUCCUGCAAUAUAUAGAAGCUGCUCAUCAAAUCUAGGAAGCAAUGACAAUCAUACGUAGGUGGAAACCUUGCCUUAGAGGAGAUAGAAUUGCUAGAGUUUCAACCAAGGAGACAUGAAUGCACAUUAGCUUUACUAUUUAAUGGACUCUCAUGAAGCUGUGGAUACUUUUUAUUUGAUUUGUGUAAAACGUGUAAUCCAAUUUCAUAAUGCUGACAAUAUUUUGUAGUGCAUGUCUUCUUGCUGUAAGGCGUCUGUGCAUUUUAUAUAUUGUUACCUGGCCUGCAGUACUCACUGUGAAGCCAUGAACAAGAUUUAUCAGUGCCCCGUGUCAGUCACUGAUAUUGGGGUCUACCUGCUCUCCGCUUGAUACGUCCCUUUAAAAAUGAAAUGUAAUGCUCUCAUUAUUACGCACACUUCUAACAUGAUUAUACUAUAAGUUUAAUACAAUGGAAAUGUUUUUAUAUCCCGCCAUCAACUUUCCCUGGUUCUGAAAAGUUGUUAAGUGAAUAUGACAUUGCUUUGUAUGCAUACACUGGUGUGAGAUUCACGAGAAGGUCUGACAGAGCUCAUGAAUCCUUGCAUUGGUUACAGGAGGAUGUACGAAGAUGUAGAUGCCCUUCAGUGGACUAGAAUUGGUGCCAUAAAUAUGGACUGCACCUAGUUUGCAGGAGCGCUGAUCACAGGGUUUGGGCUGGCUUCAAACAAUGCGGUUAAUUUGACUUCUCCUUUAUACUUCUCAUAGUUUGGGGACUACCGUAGUUGUGUUUCCCUUAAAAAAAAUAAAAAUAAAAUGCAGAUGGUAACGGCAAUAUAACGAAUACGUGAGAAUCUGGCUUUAAAAG